AUGGCAGUUUCUCCUCAAGUUUUCCCGCCAAGAAAACGGCGGCCGUCCGCCGGGGCAUUUAUACCACCGAAAUUCUCUGACCAGAGACUUCUCCAAUCUCUCCUUGUAAUCUCCCAAGAAAUCUCUUCUCUCAAACCUCUUCAAUUCCUUCUAAAACGCAACUCCUUAUCAAUCCUACGUAAAACGAAGGUCCUCGCAAUCGUAUUCGAGGAACUUCUGAAAAACCCAAUUCUCUUCUCAUCUCCUACUCUCUUAUGCUUCGAAGAAAUGUACUUAGUUCUUCAAAGAAUCAAGACUUUGCUUGAAGACUGCGUGAAUGGAAGCAAGAUGUGGCUAUUGAUGCAAAGCGAUUCAGUUGCAAAUAAUUUCCAUGAGCUGACGGUAGAAUUAGCAACUCUUUUGGAUAUUUUUCCUUUCAAGGAAGUCGAAAUUAGCGAAGACGUUGAAGAAUUGUUUUCGUUGUUAAGAAAGCAAUGCUCUCAGGCUAAAGUCUUUGUCGAUAAAAGAGAUUCCAAUUUAAAGCAAGAUGUGUUAACAAUGCUUGAUCGGAUACAGGAGGAGAUUGUCCCUGAUUAUUCAAAGCUGGCAGAGAUUUUUAAUUUGUUGGACUUGCACAAUUCUUUAUCCUGCAAAGAAGAAAUUGAGAAUCUUGAAGAUGAAGUUCAGAACCAAAAAGAUGAGAAAUCGAAAUCCGACGUGAUUGCUUUGAUAGGACUCGUUCGUUACGCGAAAUGCGUGUUGUUCGAACCAUCGACACCAGGUUCUGAUACCAGGAGGAAAAAAUUAACAUCGGACGUGAACAUUCCGGCGGAUUUUCGGUGUCCAAUUAGCCUGGACUUAAUGCGGGACCCAGUUGUGGUGGCCACAGGUCAGACGUACGAUCGUGGGAGUAUUAAUCUCUGGAUUGAAUCAGGGCACAACACGUGUCCCAAGACGGGUCAGACCCUGGUCCAUACCAGCUUGAUACCUAACCGAGCUUUGAAGAAUUUGAUAGCCAUGUGGUGCCGUGAGCAGAAAAUACCUUUUGAAACCGCGGAAGGUAACAACAGAAUAAACGGCGUUAUGAAAAACAAGGCGGCUCUUGAGGCUACCAAGAUGACUGUGUCGUUUCUGGUUAACAAAAUGUCGGCCACACAGUCAAUGGAAGCUGCUAACGGAGUCAUCUAUGAACUUCGUGCACUUGCGAAGACUAAUUCGGACUCCCGAGCCUGCAUUGCAGAAGCUGGAGCUAUUCCAGUCCUCGGUCGAUUUUUAGGCUCGGAUGUGGGUUCGGAGUUUCCGAAUUUACAAGUAAACGCUGUUACAGCUAUGCUAAACCUUUCCAUACUUGAAGCGAACAAAACAAAGAUCAUGGAAAACGGCAGAGCUUUCAACGGCGUUGUCGAGGUGUUACGCGCUGGUUCCACGUGGGAGGCCAAGGGGAAUGCGGCCGCAACUAUCUUCAGCCUAUCUGGUGUGCACUCUUAUAGGAAAAAACUUGGGAGGAAGACACGUGUUGUUAAAGGAUUGAUGGAUUUAGCCAGAAGCGGGCCCAAGAGUUCGAAGAGAGAUGCAUUGGUGGCCAUUUUGAAUUUGGCGGGAGAUAGGGAGACUGUUGGGAGGCUAGUUGAGGAAGGAGUUUCGGAUAUGAUUCAUGAGGUGAUCAAUGUGUUGCCGGAAGAAGCUGCGGCGUUACUAGAAACGGUGGUGAGGAGAGGAGGAAUAGUGGCAGUGGCUGCCUCGUAUAAUGCGAUUAAGAAGUUGGGUGUGUUGAUGAGGGAAGGAUCGGAGAAAGCUAGAGAAAGCGCUGCGGCAACACUUGUUACCAUCUGCCGAACAAUGAGAGCAAGAAGAAAGGCCUCUAGUUUGUUGAGGAUUCUUAGAAGAUGGGCGGCUGGUUUGGAUGGUGAUUUUUUGGAAGGGCAUAGUACUGUUGCAACUGUGAGUGGUUCGUCAUCAAGAGUGGUGCUCCUAGGUGGCUCUCUACUACACCAUGGUGAUGCUAUCCAACAAGGACCAAACCUUGUUCUCUCAGGAAGAAAUGAUGUCCCAGAAGGGGAGGAAGUGGUCAACAAGUAUAGGCCCUUGUUGCUUAAUCUCCUUCCGAAGGGUCCCUUACCCCCCUCUGGCCCUAGCAAGCGCAUCAACAAUGUUGUUGACUGA